UAUCACUGGUUGCAUUGCAACCGGUAACAACCCGCAACAGCCGAUGUCGAGUUCAUUGCGUGCGAGAGAAUCAAUAAAUCGGCAGGCCGACGCAGAAGACUAUGUUACAGAUCACAGACUAAGAGACUUCUUCACUAACCUAACAGCUGCCAUCGUACACCAUAGACCAGAUAAUCCAAAAGAAUUCAUGGUACAGUACAUACAAGAACUGAAAGACAAACGAGAAGGGGAGAGGCAUGAUGCACCUUGUUUGUUUCAAGACAACAAUAUCCGAGCAAUGUUUGGCAUGUUUGACGUAACACAUCGAGGUUACAUUACGAGAAAGCAAUAUCUAGAAGCUCUCAAGAACUUUGGAGUCAGCUCUUUCAACGAACACCCAGCGGGAACUGAAGUAGACAAGAUAACUCUUGACACUUUCAUGAAGGAAACAUGAUAGGAAGAGCAGGAAGAGAUGGCCAUAAGUCAACUGCAGCCAUUGUGUUCCAUCCCAAAGAACUUAGAAACAAGACCAAGGACAUCCACAUAAACAGCAUCCUAGGAGGAGGCUGCAUUAGAAGAGGCCUUCUGACUGCCCUAGACUUUGAAGAAAUUCCUAUCCAUGAAUCCAGCCUAUGCUGCACAGGAUGCACUGUGGAAACCGUAGACCCAAAUGGCUAUAUCGUGCCACAACAGACUCACCACACAUGUUUAGCUCGCCAUUCCAGGAAACACAAAUGGCAAAACGUGAGUA